UUUAUCACCACCGUCCGUGUCACCCUUAGGUCAAGCAAGAGCUUGCAACCGACAACAAAGUUUUGAUGAAAUUGAAAGUACAUGUGUUGAUGGCAUAAAAUUACUAAUUUUAUUUGAGGCAUCGACUAAUGUUACGGCUGGAAUAAAUUGUAUCCGUUUUAUUUCAAACAUGAAUAAAGUUCCCAUUAAUACCAUUCGAUCUUUUUGCAAAUGUCAGAUCAUUGGAGUUAAGUUUUGUCGUGCAUUUACACCAGUAAAAAAUUUGCCCCGUUGUUUUUCAAGUUCGACAGCAGUAGCCAUAAAUUCAAAUACAUUUACACCAAGUAAACGCCACAAAUUACAUCUUUGUGUGUUGGAUAGAACCAAAGUUAUUAACGAUUUUGCUUGUUCUUACAAAUGUUGUGGUUCACAACUGAAAUAUUCCACUGAUAAAGGGCGAGGCAGUAAAAAUGAGGAAACUGAUUCAAGUAGAGAAGACAUAGUCAUAGAACAGGAUUUGAUAAAAAAUGAUCCAGAUUUAAAGUCACUUCUGGAUGAUCUUAGAAAAGAUUUUGAUGGGGGGCCAAGUACCAAAGAAUCCAAAAGGACAGCACCUGAGAUUUUGAAGCAUAAAGAUGGUAAAGGAAAUUCUGCUGAAAGUAGUAAAAUUGAGCAUCCUUUAAAACAAAGUACAGUAAAAUCUGAAGAAUUUAGUUUAAAAUCAACACAAAAUUAUUCAUUAGAUUCACUUGGAUCUAAUUUUUCUGAACCGAAUUCCAUUAAGACUACUCAAGAUCAAGGCACAGACUUUCUGUAUGAUUACAGAGUUGCCCAAGAUAUAGAAGAAUAUGAUUAUAAGGAUGAAAAGGAUAUAGCACAACAGCAAAUUCGUUCAGAAAAAGUUCAUCCAAUCAGUAUGAAACGUAAGUUGACUCACUAGUUGGAUGUAUACAUAUUUAUAUUGUUUUAACAAUAUCUAAACAUGAUAAUCUUUGCACCAGCAAUGAUAAUGAGUCAGAAUAAUCCUGUGUUGCCCUCCUAAAGAAGCCAGUGAAACUGAUGCCAGAUGUCAAAUUAAAAUUUAUAAUAAAACCCAAGAAAGAGAAUAGACAGACUGCACAAAUGAAGGCAAAAAAAUUUAAAUGUGGAGCACAAUUAUGGCUUUAUAUAUAACUGAAUUUGUCCCUUAAAUGGCUAACUAAUUUGGAAAAUGGCGUGUUUCUGUAGAGAAAAAUCUGGGAUACAAAGUAAUUUUACAAGUUCCGUCUAUCUGAAUGGCUACUUUGAUUUCUAAAAUUGCAUGAAUGUUGGUUUGGCUUAUUUUCGGGCAGCACACUUACACCCUGUGGGCAACAUACUAAUGCCUUGACACACAGUUUAGAAAGCACUGCUUUAGAUAAAAUUAAAAAAACCAGUCAAAACCACAAUGAGAAGCUAUGCUUAUUCUAAAGUUAUAACAUGAGAAGCUUGAAUGGUUUGGCUUAGUUCUUUAUGCAGUAUUCUUAAUAUGUGAAAAUGUUAUAAAUUUAGUUGUACAAACAUAUGGGUAUAAAGUUUUAGUUUAUGGAACUUCAUAAAAAAAAUUAUCAGUAGUUAUAAUAACUAUAAUAAUAAAAUUAUAAGUAGUUUUCACUUUGUAUUGUUUAAUUUUACUGUUGCCGUUAGCUUAAUUAUUAGCAGUAUUUUAAAUUAAUUUUUUUAAUUUACCUCUUUUUUUUUCUUUAUGAGAAAUUUUUAAUACUAUAUAAUCUAACAUCACUCCUAAUAGGUGGAAACAGUGGUGUUUUUGACAUUGAUGAGCUGUUAGUCCUUUUGGAGGAUUUAGGAGCAGAAAAUGUUGUGACUUUACCAAUUCCUCCAGAAGCUCGGUUUUGCGACCACAUGGUUAUUGCCUCAGCAAAAUCUAAGCGACACCUCAGUGCUAUAAAUGAUGAAAUGCUAUGGGUGGUAAGUUAACUGUCAAAGAUGGUGAAUUUAAGUUUUUAAAAAAAUAACACUUAUUAUUUUAUUGUUUGUUUGAUAGUUUAUCAUCUUCAGUAUCUCCAUGCCAACAUUUUUCUAGGUUUGGCUAACCAGUCAUUAACUAUUUCCACAAUAUAUGUAUUACAAAUUUGUAUGGAUCAGGAAUUGCAUAUAUAAUUUAGCUUAAAAAUAUGACAAACAAAUUUGUGCAGAUCUGUUAACUGUACAAUUCAUGGAAUGCACAUACUAUGACCAAUCAAGUUAUGUGAAAUUUGAAUACCUUGGAUUCAUUUCAGUGAUAGUUUUUGGCUAUCAUAAUUGAACAUGCUGUUUAUAGAGAGAGGGGAAUGAAAAAAAACAAAUUGAUGGCUUAUUCUCCUUCAAUUCAAAUAUUAUUUCUAAUGUCCACUGUGCUCUUAAAAAGCAGUUGAUAAGUUAAUGGAGGGUGUAGAACUGGGAACCUACACAAAAAUUGCAUAAUAUAGGCUCAAUAGUGCAUUCAAUCGGUUAUCAAGCUCUCAUGGCAGUAUUACAAUUUUGAUCCCCACUCAGGAUAAUUUUUAACAUUGUGAUGAAUACAUCCUGCAUUUAAAAACAAAACUCAAGGGAAAAAAUAUUGUAAUAUAAGUGCCAUUAUUGUUUCAGCACAACUGCAAACACCUUCAAGUUUAAAAAAACUUAAAGAAAAAUAUCACCAUUAAAGUACUCCAGAUUUGAUAUAGCAUUAUUGUGAAAAGAUAAACUGAAUUUUUUUUUAUCUUUUAAAGGUAAAUUAAGGCUAAGAUUUUUUGCUUCAUGAAAUUGAUAUAUGUAUCUUUAUACAAUUCUCUAGCACAAACGAAAGAAGGCACCUAAUGAUCCCAAUCUAAACAUAGAAGGCUUAGGCAAAAGUGACUGGUCUGCAAUGGAUAUGGGUGAGUGAGAAUAAUACCUUGGAAGUUAACAUGCCCUUUCAAUCAGCCUUAAGAUUCAACUACUAAAUAAGUUUCCCGCUGCCAGACCGUGCGGCACCUGGCCUGGGGGAUGUCCGGUCGACCGAUACUGCUGCGUUUAAAGCGUUCGCGAUCCACUUUCCCUUGGGUCUGGGCGGAUUUGCUUCCACUCCGGAGAGGUGUUGCGUUACCAUCCCCCACUGCCCAAUGAGUCUUUCGGUUGCGACGAAACGGUUGCCUAGGAGCGUCUUUCUCACGGCCGCAUGGCUAAAAUCAUUGGCAUGGGUUUUAACCGCCACCCAAACCUCAUAUUUAUUAAGGGCGAGUAAUUAUGUUACAUCGUUACUACUCCCGUUGAGUUGGGAGUCAAGCAGUUGGCCAGGGUAUUUUAGCUUCCGAAGAACAGUACCUCCCUACUAGUCCGUCAUGCCAUGAAGAGGCAAAACCCCAAGUGGACGUCCUCAAGUUUCCUCGGAGACGCUCUGCUUUCGCAUGGACGUCCCCGAGUUUCCUCAGAGACGCUCUGCUUUCACAGACAGAGAUUCAACUACUAACUGAAACUAUGUAGAAUAAUAAUUAUCUUUUACUGAAAGAUGUAUUUCAUUAGUGUUCUCCUUUGCCAGAAAGAACUGAUUUGCUUUGAAGCUAGUGAAUAAAAAAACUAUGCUUCAUGUCAGUUACUAAUCCUAUUGUCAAUAGCUUUGGUUGCGUAUAAUUCUGUAGCAUCUGGAAUAGGUUUUAUCUAAAUUUCCUGAUAAUUUUUUCUAUAUAGUUGAUUGCAAAGUAAGAAAACCUGUGUAAAAUCUUGACUAGACAUUAAGUCAUUAAGACAGAAUUGUUGAUAGAAAUUAGGAUACUAAUUAGUUGACUGUUUCCCAUCCACAGGUAACAUAGUCCUCCAUGUUUUUUAUGGUGAUACAAGGGAGUACUAUGACAUCGAAUCUUUGUGGACAUUAGGUCCUCAGAAUGACCCAAAAUGCCAGGAAAUGAAUCAAGAUCCAUAUAACCUUUCCCCAGGUUUGUUUGCUUCAGCUUCCCCCCACCUAACACCCACAUGUUUGUUAUUUUUCUCAUGUUUAUAUUUUGACAUCACACAUUGUGAGAUAAAAGGCCACUCAGUUGGCCUUGACCCCAAGAGACCAUUAGCCAUCUUUCAGCUUAUCAUUCUUUUUUAGCCACGAAACAGCUAAUGUACAGCUAUUAAGUUAUUUUAGCAGCGGUGAAUAAAAAUAAAAAACAGAAAGAAUUUUUUGGCAAUGUUCAAUUUGUGUAGUGUUAAUAUUGUAGUGAAGUUAAUGAAUUUAACAAAACCAAAUGCACUUUAUGACUACAUAAUUUAAAAAAAAAAUAAUUUGUUCAAAGUAUAGGAAUUUCGUGUCUUACUCAAUCAAUAUUUAUUAUUACAGAGGACUUGUUUUGGUUGGAGACGGGAAAGUCUAAUCAUAUUGCCAGUAAGACAGUUCCCCCAAGUGACUCUGGCAGAUUGGCCAAAGCAGGAAUCACCAAGAAGUCACAGAAUACAUCAGAUGGUGUCAAAGAUGGGGCUUUUGGAUGGGAUACACCCAAGACGCCAUGUUUCAGCUAAUCAAACUUUUUAACAAGGCACCAAAGGACUCUAAUAAAAUUGAUUUGAACUGCUCAUGUUAGCUGAAAAAUUAACUUCUAGAAAUAAAACUUUACAAGCAUAUUGUAGAAACAAUUCUAAAAUAUUACUCCAAAUAUUUGUUUGGCCUUUGAGCAACAAUUUGCUUUGUGGCCUUUGCCAUUUUUUUUUUUUUAAAGCAGAAUUAUUUUGACACACAAAAAGAACAAAGGAAUAUCCCUUCAAUAUUGUUUCAGUAUUUAUUAUCAUACAAAAAGUUUUGUUUAUUAUAUAUAAUAAUGAUGAGAGCAUUAAUGGCAAAAAAAACAUGUUAAAACACUGGUAUUAUUUAUCAUGCAUAGCCGAACCUGUGUUUGACAAAAUUAUUUUUUUUUCAAAUUUAAAGAUAUAAAGUUAUAUUGUAACGGGGAACACAUCAUGUGAAAAUAGAACAAAGUGAAAGAUUGCAUUAUAUUAAAAAAAUUCCCAUUUAUCCUGUUGAUCUAUUGAAGUUGUAACAUCUCUAUCUCUAGAUUAUUCAGGUGAAACCUCACCCACUGUUAAUAUUGCAGAAAAAUGUUUGGGUAGCAAUGGUAUUUGAAAAUAUAUUUUCAUGUCUUCUUGGAAAAACAGAUUUCAGCAGGUUUAAAAAAAAAAAUUUUUUUUUUGGUGAACAUUUAAAAAUAAAUUACAACAUGGGCAACGCGCACCAAAGCACAUUACAAUAUAUUUUAUUUUUUAAAUCACAUUUCAGUGUUAUGACAUCUGCACCCUUGUAAUCAUAUAAAGUUAACUCACUUGGUCUGUGGCAGACAUUAAAGUAUUGAAAUGAAUGAUUAUUUAACAGUUUAUUUUUUGGAGAUGACAGGAAAAAUUAAGUACAAGCCUAGAAUUUUCAUUCACUCUGUUGUUUAAGUAACUCGGGUAAGUAAGGAAAAAUAUUUUGUUUUCUAAAGGAAUGUACCAUCCCACAAACCAUAACAUUAAACCUAUUUUUUAGACACAACAUCUACAAAGGAAAUUUAAAAAGAAAAGAAAAACUCUUUCAUUUCAAAAUUUAAAAAAAAUUUUUGACACCUGCUCUAUAAAUUUUUCCUGGAUUUGAGAAUAAUGAUUAAAUAUGAAUCAUGGACACAUCUGGUCUGAGAGUAGAUGUAAUAUGUAAAAUAAUGACUCCACAGCAAGUGAGUCUGGUACUGGUAAAGUCAAUUUUCAUGAUGACAUGCAUUUAACUAUGGAUAUCUGUUAUAAUUUGUAGGUUCCUUCUCCCUUUUUUCCUGCUAUCAGUUCACUUUGUUGUUACUAAAGCCUUUUAUUAUAAACAACUAAAACAACUCUUUAACAGAAAUAUAAAAAAGAAAUUUUUUACCUUAAUCAAUUAAUUACAAAGGACUGUCCUAAUACAUAUAUCAAUUACUAGCAUUAGUCAUACUUUUUUAUUUAAACUUCAAAAUGCACAACAUCAAAAAAUUAGAACCAUUUUCAAUAUGUAGUAAAAUAAAAUUAGUAUCCAAAGAACAAAACAAAGGAUGUACAUCAAUGAUCAUAACUAAUUGAUUUAUGGGGCAAUUUAAUUGAAAACUUACUCAUAGAAAAAUUUGUUUGAGAGCAAAAAUGUUCACUUUAACUUCAAGGGACAACAUGUUAUUUCUAAACAUUACCCCUCAAUUGAACUACAAUGUUAACUACAUUAUGUGCAGAAAACACCCAACAAUGUCAUAUUGUGCAAUGAACAGAGUAAAAAAAAAAAGUACCAGUUUUGUCAAUAUAUUCUUAGACCUAGCUGAUCUUUGAAGGCAAAUGAUUAUUAUGGUAAUGUGAUUUUCAGCAGACUGCCCACUGUAAAAUACAUCAUAAGAAUUUAAAUAUUGUCUAACAUGGUAUUUAGAUGAGCUUGUAACAAAUAAAUCUGAAAGUACAUUCUUAAAAUAUCUUAUUUUUAAAAAGCAGCAGCAAUAAUUUCAUGUGCAUGCCUGCUUUUACAAAAUACUGAUUUUGAAACAUUUUAAAAAAAUCAGUUUCAUUUAAAAGAGUAAUACAGAUAGCUAAUAGAAUAAAUUUAUUCUCUAACAUGUUUUCUCAUUCAAAUCAAACUCACAAUUAAAAACAAAACUAAUUUUAUUUUGAAAAAAUGAAUAGCCUAACCUUAUAAAAACUGUUCAAGUCAUGCAAUACCACCUACCUUAUAUACUCUUCAUAAUCAGACCCUCUUAGUUUUAGCUGGGAAAAUCCUGAAAAGUGUGUACCCUCUACUAAGCCAACCCCAUAAAGCAGUCUGAAGCAAUACUGAACUAAUGAAAAUAAUUAACUUUUUAAAAAACAAAACUUUUUCAAAAUAAUUGUGUAAGUCAACUGACUUAAAAACACUGAACAUACAGUAUUAUGUUUAACACAGAUACUCGCUUCACAUGUCUACCGCUAUAUACGGUAACCAUACCGAAAUAUUUUAAAAAAUAGGACCUCUGCAAUCUACCAUUACAAUUUCAUUAUUCAAUGUAGGUAAUUUGAUCAUCCCUAAGUACAGCCAGAUCACUGCAAACACAAAAUGAGGACAAAACGUGUGACCCAAUUUUUCACUCUGCCAAUUUUAAACACGGUUUCAUUGACUUCUGAUAUAAUCAAGGUACUUGGAGAAAAUUAUACAAAUCUCCUAUGACCUGCUCAUGAGCCAACCACCCCUAUUUUUCCCCUGAAAUGUGUCCAAAAGAAGUUGGCUUUUGAAGUAUAUACCAUUAUCAUCAAUAAAAACUCUAAAAUGAAAUUUUCUCUUAAUAUUUUUGAGUGACCAUGAUAAAUUAAUCCUGAACCUUGAAUACAUGAUUUCCCUUGACGUUUAGUCACAAAAAUAUUUAUUUGUAAUUUUGCUAAAUCACAGAAAAUAUAUAAUUUACAAACUCAAGUCAUAAAGCCCUAUGUUAUCAUAUUUAUUUAUAUGUAUAUAUAUACAAUUCCUCAUUGAAAGUUAUUUAAGUUCUAUAUAUAUAUUUAUUUUAUGCAUAGAAGAAACAAAAACAAGAAUCAUGCAGUCAUAAAGAUGAUAUAAAGUCAUACCAAUGAUAUCAUAAAGUCAUGCUCCUCCUUCUUAUGUAUUACUUUACCAAUCUACAAAUAAAAUUUGUAAAUCUAAUGAAAAGGCACUUGUUCAAAUUGGCGGUAAGAAAAGGUAUUAGCUAGGAUUAAAUGUUUUAAAAUCAUCGAAUAGGAUAAUCAGAUUUAACUAUUUUAUCAUCUGGAUUUUUUAGCACAGAUACAUUUUUUAAAAGCUAACAGAAUUUUAAUUAGAGGCCCCAAACUACUGAGGCACAGCCUUGGCUUAUCUUAGUCUCAUUUACAAAUUUACUAUUUUGGACACUUUUUUUUUUUACAGUUUUCAUGUUUAUCAAUUUAUUUGUUGAUAAUAUUUUAAAUUUUGUUAGUUGUUGGAACAAUUUAAUCUGAACCAUGUACUAGCGCUGCCAAAGUAAACUCCAGUUGCUAGUCAAAAUGAAACCAUUUUGUCUUAAUACAAUUCACUUAUUUGUUUCUUUUAAAAAUUGAAAAACACAAUUUUUUGUGCUGUCAGUGAGAGAGAGAAUCCUCCUCUGGGAUGUCAGAUUGGGCAGAUAAUUAUAAAUGGGUUACAAGCAGUGAAUAUUUAUUUAGGAGCUCAAUUUUAAUCUUCAUCCUUUCUUUGAUAAAAAUAAUAUGUUUAGACACAGAUGAUGUUCAAUAUGACAUAGAAUCUUUUGAAGUGCAGCUAUACUCACAUAAGGACUGUAAAUUGAAAACUUAAAGAAAUUGAUCACGAAAAAAUAGUAUUUGUUUGUAUGAGUCUAAAAUAAACAUAAUAAUUUGAGACAUAUUUUGCAAAUCUGGCUAAUCCUUUGAUAAUCUCCUGAAUAUUUUCAUAUUUUUAACUACCACAACAAAAAAUUUACCACAUUUCCCAGUGCCUAGGGAAAAUUUUUUUUACUGGAAUCAUCCCCAACUUCCAAAGUGUGCAAUUGAUCCAAGUUGGGAGCCUCAUUUUAUUUUUCCUAGUCUUUUAGGGAUUAGAAUAUAAUUUAAUAUGACACCAUAAAAAUUGUUUUAAAAGAUGUUUAGAUUGUUACAUUAUUUGGAAAGAGCACAUUGAAAAUUAGAAAAAAAUUUAAUAUGUUAAUUGCAGGUUUCACGCAAUGACAAGAGAAUGAAUUAAAUAAUGACAAAGUCAUGAUAAUUAGCCUUGUAAAUCACUGUACAGCAUUCAGGUCAAGUAACAAUCAACAUAUUAAGUAUAAAUAUAUCAUUAAAUGAUUAGAGAAAAAAAUUGCCUGUACAGGUUCCACUAAGUAUAAAUUAAAUUUUUAAAUUCAAUUCCUAACACUAGCUAAUAUGAAAUUCCCCCGCUUUGCAUAGUUAUUACAACACUUCAAUUAUGAAUUGGAUAACACAAUUUGCAUAAAAAAUGAUAAAUGCUACAGCAGGCAUGAAUUAUGUUAUAGAUAUUCAGUGGGAUUAUAAGAUGAAACACCUUGUAAGAUAGAAAUCUUCAAACAAUUAAUCAUUCAAAUAAUGGAAAAUUUUAGUACAGCUCUAAGGUACAUCACACCCUACUAUUCUUCAUGUAUCCAAGAGCACUAUUGCUGUUAUAGGAGUUAACUUUAUUUAACUGCUAAAGGUCGUUACUAAUUGCAAAUGAUAUUACUUGAAUAGAUUUUGGAUAUCAGGUAAUUUGAAAAUUAAAAAAAUUCAGUUCUUUCAUUAUUUAUAAAAAAAUUACUUCCAUUACACAAGUAAGAACACAUAUUGCAUUAUUGAACAUUUUAGUUGCCUACUACUGCCUCAGAUGUAAGAUAUAAUAGUUAUAUAUUGAAAGAGAGAAAGAGCUACUGCUGGUUCUGCUUUAUUUUUUUCUUUACACAUUCUUUGUUAACAUUUCUAUUACUAUUAGUAAAUUUUUAAAUAACAGCAUCUAAAAGGACCAUACAAGUUUUAAUGCACAUGGCACUUGAAAUAUACAAAUACAUUUUUUUAAAACUUAGCCAUACCUCCUCUAACAAAAUACAUUGUUGGUUAAUGUUUUUUUAAAUUAUAAAUAUUUAGUGAUGCAUAGUCAUCAUUCAACAGGUUUGAAAGCACAGUCAUUUAAAAUUCAUUUUGCUUUUUAUACAAUA